AUGUCGAGCACCGCGGAGAGUCCCGACGGUGGUAUGGCACUGCAGUCACACUAUUCACUGCGAUGGAACAAUCAUCAGACACACAUACUGCAGGCCUUUGAAGCACUACUACAUGCAGAGAUACUCGUCGAUGUCACUCUCGUGUGCUCGGACAGUAGCAUCAGGGCGCACAAGGUCGUCCUCAGUGCCUGCAGUCCGUUCUUCGAGAGGAUAUUCGCUGAACAUCCGUGCAAACAUCCGGUGAUAGUCCUGAAGGAUUUUCCAGGUCGUGAAGUUGCCGCCCUGAUAGACUUCAUGUAUCGUGGUGAGGUGCGUGUUGGUAGAGAAGAAUUGCCAGGUUUAAUGCGUGCUGCGGAGAGUCUUCAGGUACGUGGUCUUGCGUCUUCCGAGCCUCGGCCAGCAUCGCCCCCCGUUACCCCAGUGGAGACACCAAUUGACCUUCUGGGUGACCGACUCAGUCCAGAGGGUGAUCAUGAUGCGGAUACGGAUUCGAUUCAACGCGAAUCUCGAACGAUAUUCAGUCGUGAUCGUGAUCGCGAUCGUCUUCCCCACAUGGGACACCUCAAUUUCUCCCUCCGUGAGUUGCGCGAAUCUUGCAAUUCUCCACUAUUACCACGACGAAAACAGGCACGACCAAGAAGAAGAUCGGGUGAACUGAUUCCCCAGGAUCUGUCCCGACCACAUCCACCCGCGAGUCUCAGUCCGCCCUGUGGUCUUAACUUGAGUGGAGCACUACCAAGUCAGCCAACAGGUAGCCAAACACCAGGUCAGUCGCAGAUACCAUCAUCUCAGGCACCACGUACUCCAUCACAAAGUAAUCCACCGUCAACACCGACACAUCGUGAAGAAACAGCUGAAAAUUUAUCGAUGAAGCGUUCCCUAUCUCCAGGGCUUCCCACCGAACAGGCCAUAAAGACUGAGAGUGAGGCAGCUAGCAGUCCACGUGGCUCACCCAUGACCGGUACAAGUCUUCAUCCAGAUGGCUCCUUGCAGGAUCUUCCUACACCGGGUUUACCCUCAAUGUCACUCUCCCUGACCCCACCACAUCAUCCAAGCGAGUACCUGACGUCACUGGGUCAAUUUGCUGCCCAAUGGCUGCCAAAUCAUCAGAGCCAACUGGCACACAGGGACGGCAGCCCCCAGGGCCACAAUCGUAAUCCGCAUUAUCAUCAGGAGCAGAUGACACCGACAAGAAGAUCUGUCGCUGUAUUCCCCAUGGAUGGUGUGUCACCGUUGGCCAGUGGUGGAUUAUUUCCACAUGGUGGUGGAUUGGAGAGAGGUACAUUACUCACCGAGUUGCAUGAUAGCUUCAAACCAGAGGCAUUUCAGGGACUGUUUGGGGGCAAUUUGGGUCAUCACAUCACCAAGAAACCAAAGAAGCACAGGGGCGAUGGAGAUACUGCUAGGAGGUGGUCAGAGCAUGGAAGGGGAAUGCCCAUUGGAAGGCCCAAAGGACAGCACAGCGCCCCACGAGGUGGACCACCCAGAUCGUGGACCAAUGCCGAACUCACGGAAGCUCUUCAGCAUGUUUGGAAUAAAAAAAUGACUACUUCACAGGCUAGCCGUAUGUUUGGCAUUCCUUAUAACAGUUUACUCAUGUAUGUCAGGGGAAAGUACGGAAAGAGUCUCAAACUUGAGCAACUCAAGAGGGACUGCACUGGCGCGACAACUGGCGAAGUCAUGAACUCAUUGAAUAAUAAUGUCAAGGCCAUUCAGCCACCCUCGCAAAUGGGUCAUCCUCUUGGUCUACCUCAUCCUGGCGAUGAAUCAUACAGUCAUCAUCCACUUCUUGGUGGCAAUCUACCGCAAGGAUUCUUUCCCGAUUUUGGCGCUGCCUUUCCUGUUCCUGUUAGCAUGGUUCAUCUGCUACCACCUAGUGAACAAAAAGCCUUCGAGGGGGUGGGUGGCAGUGGGGGCGGGGGUAACAGUGAUCUUGGACAACAGAGCCGAUCACCAUCGCCCAGUCAACAUGACAGUAUUCAACCACCACAAUCAGCUCCAGCGUUACUGCAGCAGAAUGGAUCGGAAUGAGACAGGCUGAGAGCACUGAGAGAUUAUUUUUAUUUGUAAUUGUACCAACGUCCAGCGUUUUUUGUAUUUCAGGGGGAGGGGAUGAAUGUUUUUUUUUUUUGGAUCUAAGACUGAUUUUCUCCAGACUUUUGCUUGACAUGUCGAAAAAAUGAUGGUGUGGCUUUUUCGUAGGCAGGGGAUUCCCCGAUUUUGAAUGCACGUUGUGGGAUUUAGCCGGGGUAGAUUUGAAAAUAUAUGGAGAUUAAUUUUUCUGUGGGGUUUUCGGAAUUUGUUAAUUUUUGAAAUAUUGAGAUUUAGAAUGAAGUAUGAGGAGAGGUCGGAAGUUGUAUUUUCCCGGAGACUCGAUUGAUUUGAGUCUGAUAUCCGAAUUACAGUUACGGGAUUCACAAGAGUGCGCUGAACACCGCAGGAUACUUUUUCCACUUUCACGGAGUGUAAUAACGAUAUAUCAAUGCUAUUAUUAUCGGUACAUUUUAUUUGACUUUUUUUCUUAUGAGAUACCAAACAUACCAAAUAACAAAGCCAGUUUCUCCCGUUCUAACAUCAAAGAUGGAUUUUAUUUUUUCUCAUUCGUUUAUUUGAAAACUUUUUUUUUCUUCAUUUUUGUUACGACGAACAGGAGAAAUAAUGUAUCCUUCACGUCCUUACGGUGGAUCGGCGCACAAGAAAGGAAACCCGGAAGGAAAACAAGAUGACUCUCUCCUUUUAAGAAAUUUUUUUCCCCGUUUUUUCGCCUUCUUUAAGGUUUUUUUUUUCGCCUUUACGGGAGAUGCAAACGGUUAAAUUGAAAGGGAACUUCUUGAAAGGGGUUAGGGUGGGGGGGAUGGUCUCGCACAAUGCCUACGAAUAUCGUUGAAUGAAAAAAUGUAAGAAAAAACGCACCCCUAUGACAAGAUUUUCACUCACUUUUCAUUCAUUUUUUCGACGGCAAAAGUUAAAAUGAGAAAAAAAUAUGAAGAAAAAAAAACAUUUGAAUUAUAACGAUAUUUCCCGCGAAAAAUUAGCACAAUGAGGGCCAAGUGCAAUACUCGCUGCAAUGUGAAAAAAAAACCUAUUUAAUUUCCUUUUUUUUUUUAAUUCUGUAAAUAAUUUUUGCAUAAUUUUACUGGACACUUCUGUGUAAAAAUAAAUAAUUCGUGAAUUUUUGUUUAUAAAAACAAAAUUAAUUGGAGGGAAAUUUUUCCAAAGAAAAUACAUGACAUUUUAAUUAUUAUGUUUCUCUCGACGAGUAAUAAAUGAAUAAAAAUAAAUAUACCAAAUAAUGAUGAAUAAAAUCGAAGAAAAAAAAACGCGAAGUCGCUUUAAUGAUUAAUUAAAAUGUGAAAAUGAGGUUAAUUAAUGGACAAUUUAAUAACGGAAUCGUAGACCACAGUUUGACGAGUAAAUAAUUUUAAAAAUAAUAAAAAAAAAAAUUAUUAAUGGUAAAAAUGAUGAUAAAUAAACCAAUUUUCGACAACCAGACGGAAGCGCAGGGUAAAUAACACAUCAGGGAUAGCCACAGACAAAUCUACGAUAGCUAAAAAUUGAGAAUGUGAAAGAAAAAAAAAAUUGCAUAUUGAAAGAGGAAAUAAAACUUAUUAAACAGAGAAGCGUAAUUCAUAAAUUAUUGAACUAAAUAAACACUACGAUUUUUUUUAUUUUGUUCGCGAGGGUUGGUACUGGUGGGUGGGGAGAUGUGGGGGCAUCUGAAACAAUAAAAGAUUCAACUGAAAAAAUUGCAAACGCGGAGACGGGCUUUUUCAGGGAGGGGGUGAGCCUGUACAAUACAAAAUGAUAUUAUUGAUUAUUAAUUAAUGAGUUGUGUGAGGAUGAUUGAGCAAUGGGUUUUUGGCAAUUCGAGGAAGGGUUGGAGAAUUAAUUUUCUAGUUUUUCCGUAUAGAAGAUAAUUUUAUGGGGGGGGGGGGCAUUUUGAGUCGCUAGGGUGAACAAAAUGGCGGAUGGUGAGGAUCAAGAGGAAAUUCAUAAUUCUGAAAAAUUUCAGACCAGAGGUAAAUAUGAACAGGAAAAUUUGGAAGCUGAAUUGUCCACCACUUUUUAUUUAUGUUCGGCUUGAAACAAUCAAGUGCAAUUUAUCGACAAAAUUGUGUACUGUGGAUUAAAAAAAUUGUAACCACCAUUUUGUCUUCAUUAUAACUUAAAAAAUUUCGUGCAAUUCUUUAACACCAUGGCGGACAAUAUCAGGAUAAUUGGAGACAGAAAGAUCGCUAUCUGGCUGCACUGUUGGGGGAUUUAGGCCCAAAAAAAUUAAUUUUCCAACAGCUCCCCACCCGCAAUAAAAUAUUUAGUUAAUUCUUUCCAAACUGCGUUUCAAAAUGUGUGAAUGAAAAUGACAAAUCAAUUUCGAAAAAAAAAAAUAGAAAAAUCUCACACUCAACAGAGAUUUUUCAUCAUAAACUAGACACACAUAUUGUGAUAGGCACCAUGUGCGGACUUCAGUAUUAUUUUGCAGUUAAAACGAAUGGGGAAAUGAAUUUUAAAAUGAAAAAUGAGAAAAAAAACUAAUAAUAAUGAAACAAGUGAUGGUGAAAAUCAUUAAUACGUUAGGUAGUCAUUAAAAAAAAAUCUUAAUGCCUGUUUCGUUGUUACAUAAAGUGAGAUUGUGCGGAUGAAGGGGGACAAGUGAAACCCUUAGAUUUAUAAAAAAAAAAACUAAUUACGACCACAGAAAAAAAAUCCCGGGCCAAAUUUCCAAAGAAAAAAAAAUUUCCAUUCUUUCAAUCUCGGGGACUUUUUUUUCACCAAUUGUUUCAUCCUCGUGGCGCCGGACGCACGUCGUUCCGUAAUUAAUAAACAAAUGAAAAAAUAAUUAAUGAAGAAAAAAAAAACAUUGACACGUGUAGAAUUGUAAGUAGAGGUGCGAUUGAUUACUUUAUUAUUAAUUGUAAAAGUGCGAGUGCAAGUGGUCGAGAAGCGAAAAAAAAAAUGGUUCGAGUGUUAGAAGUUUUAAAUAAAUUAAUAAAAACAAACUAAACAAUUUUCGUGCGACCGGGGGCCGAGGUAAAAGCCCAAAGGAUUUUCACUGUUGAAAUGAAAAUAAUGAUGAUUGACACAGCAAAUUCAGAGAGACAGGAAAAGGUUGUAUUCGAAAGUUUUUUCUAUAGAUCAACUCGAUAUGACUGAUUACAAAGAGAAUUAAAAAAAAUGAACAUGGCUGCCGGUAAUUAGCUACCAUAUCGCAUGAUUGCUGUAUUGUUAAAUCUCGUUGCUGACAUAUCAAUUUAUCGACGAAACAGAAGAAAAAAAAAAACAUAUUUGUUGAAUGUUUCUAUUGAUUUUUUUUUGGUUGAAUUUUUUAGAUGAUGAGGGCACUUCGCUUGGGGCAAUUUGUUUAUAAACAUUGUCAUCUCAUGUUCAUUUUUUUUUCCCAUCAAAUUUUUUAAGGCUGAACAACGCUACGAUAUUGAACAAUAUACAAUGUGUUAGUUGACAGAUUUAUACGGAUAUUUCAUUGUUCAGGGUGAUACAAAGAGUUUUGAGGUAAUGAAUAAACAUUGUUUAUAAUUUCAAUUCUCCAUAUCCCACAAAUGACUCGACAAAAUGGAAAUGAAACAUCGAUCGUUGCAAUUAACUGGUCAAUUCGUCAAAUACCGACCAAAACAAUGACUGUCAUUGUGAAUAAAAGAAAUACUGUUAAAAAUCAAUUUACAAAAAUCAAAAUUCACAAUGAAGAGGACAUUGUUCUCUUCGAAAUGAGCUAUCAGUCAUAAAAAACCAUCGAUCAUCACCGGAGAUAUUGAGGCGAACAAAGAUCCAUUGGAACAAGUAAAUCAAAUUGUUCAUCCGAAACAAUGAAAAUCCAGUGUUUUUUAAUUACAAUAAGAAUUGGGUCUACACUCGUUGCCGGAUAAACAAUAACAAAACGAUAGAGAGUAACAAUACAAAGGGCUUUGAGUUCUGACCGCAUCCUAAGUUCCUAAUAAACAAAACGCUGAAUUAAAGAUAAUAGAAUUAUAAACAAAGAAAAAUUAAUGAAAAAAAAAAAACAGACAAAAGACACUCCGAACAAAGUAUUAUUCUUGCUCGUUGACGAAUAUUAAUAAUAUUUACCGCCGUGCUAUUAAUACAAUUGUUUAUGAUUUUAUAAUCCUUGUUUAAAGAGAGAGAGAGAGAAAGAGAGAGUGAAAGAGAGACGUUUGUUUGUAAGUUUUUAAGAUAAUUAGUUAAUUAUUCUUACGCACAGUAAAAAAACCAACAAUUUGUAAAUAGAUGAGCGUGAUGAGAGAUUGAAAAGUUGAAGAUACGGUACGCGCAAUUGAUUAUAUUUAUGCGUAAUAUAUAUGAAUAUCUAUUUAUCUAAUUAUUGCUGUGGACAAAAACAUAAUGGCGAUUGUUUAUUCGGAUACAACCUUUGUUUGGAGAACAGCUAAAUAGCUAAAUUAUAAUUAUGUAAUUUUUUUUUCUUCAAUCAAUGGAUUCAUAUUUUUUUUUCACUGUUAAAUCUGUUAAUUGAAGAAAAUAAUGUGCAAUUUUAUAAAAUUCAACAUAUUUCGUUACAAAUUUUCAUUAUUUUUUUUGGAAAAAAAGUUUGUUUUCUUCGACUGCAGAUAAGUGGGCAUGUAAUCCCCUGCAUUAUCGACAGACAAUAUUUGUCAUCGCAUGGUACCGAAUGUUCAGUGGGAAUUCCCGUUUUAUCGAAGUGCGAUGAGAAAGAAUUCCCAUAAUUUAUCAUUGAACAAAAAUUACUGAAAAAAUAACUUCUCAAGAUUGGAAAAAAAAUGUAAGACAAAAAUGAACAAAUGCGUGAGAAAUAACAACUAGCAUCGGUUGUGCCGUUCACGUAGUUCCUAAGUUCGUCUCUGCCUCACAAAUUGCAUCCGAAAGAGCCCCUCAAUUUGUUUAUUUAUCAGAUAACAAUGCAAAGACAAAUAACAAUUUGUACUCAAACCGAAAUAUGACAUAAUCCUAAUACCCUUCCUCGCCCUCCCCCUCAACCGCAGAAAUAUAAUAUACGAAUAUAUUUAUAAUAAUUACCGUGUACCAUAAAAACCGAGACAAACAAUUAUGAUAAAAAAAAACUACUUAUUAUAUUAUAUGAAAGAAACAGAGAACCGCCGCCACCCACUAUAUUUUUUACAGGUUUACAUUGUAUUACAGUUUAUAAUAUUUGAUAUACAUAAAAAAAACGUAAUUAAAAAUGUGAAACAGACAGAGCAAUAAUUAACGGAUUGCGGCCGAUAUGUUUUUUGAAAAUACGGCCACGCAUUAACAAUAUUAAACAAUACUUUUUAAACGAUCGGUUAUUUAAAAAAAAAGGAUUCGUUAAAUGUCGAGUCAGCCCAUUCGUAAAAUCGAAGUUUCUGUUAAUAUUGACGUGAAAAAAUGACCUUUUUGCAUAAUUUAAUUAUAAAUGAAUCACGACAUGAUUUUUUCAUCAUCUCGUGUUGCUCCUUCACCACCGAUUUUGUUCUAUAAUUCCAAAAUUAAUGAGGCAAAAUGGGUCCACUUUUUUCGUCAAUUUAUGGAUUAACGCUCCGAUCUAUUGAAAAGUGUCAUUAGAUUUUUAAAAAUUUCCGCCAACCUCCGGCGGGAUUUUUUAAAAUUCCAAUUGUCCUCAUCUAAACAUUUCCUGUUUCUCUCUCUCUCUCUCUCACUGUUGAAACGCCUAAACAAUACGAAAUAGCCAAUCCCUGAUGUGAAUUAAUUCGUUACAGGGACCAAAUAAUUGAAUAGUAUAUUUUUAUCAAGCAGAUUGUACAAUAUAAUAUAUAAUAUACAGGACUACAUAAUUUAUAUUUUCCGUUUUAUCAGAUUUUUCAGUUGUUGUCAUGAGUUACAGAGAGAGACACGAAUGUACAUUAACGAACCCUUUUUCAACUUCAUAUUUUUAAUAUUAAUUAACCGAUUCGAGAAGGAAAAAAAAUAACAACCGAUGGAUGCUACAUACUUGUGAUACGUUUUACCGCUGGUUACUACAGAGACUUCCUAAAUGCCGAAUGUAGCCAUUGAAAUAUUAUAAAAAUAAUGAGAUUUUUUAAAAAAUUAUAUUUCACGGCGAAAUUCGGCAACCACUAGUUCACUCACGCACACAAUUCACCGUUUAUAAAAUGGAAAAAAAAAAUAAUAGGAGAGUAAUUGAACAGAUGAAUGAGAUAAUGCAGAAUUUAUUAAUUAACCGAUUGAAAUGUGUAAUUAAUGAGGAUGCUAUUGUGAGGCUGAGGACGAGGAUAGAUUCCAACCCAUCUUCCCCCCCAACCCUCCCCACUCCCAACCCCAUUAUCGCCCUGUUUUUUGUUGUAAUUAUAUUUUUGUUAAAUUGAAAUGGAAAAUUUUUGAAUUUUUAAGUUUUAGUCUUGGAACACAACUUGGAAAUAUUGUAAUGAUAUCUAAACGUAAACAAAAAAAAUUGUGAAGAAAAUUCUCCCACUCUUUACCGACCCCCGAUUAUCAUGAGAAUUAUCUAUAUUAAUCCCAGAAUAAAGUGUACAUACCAAUUGUAAUAA